CUCACUAUCUCUCCCAUUCCGCAUUAGCCUUGUUCAAUCCACACAAUACCAACGAAUAUGUCGAAACUCGAUGUGACCCAGCUUUUCGGUGUGAAGGGGUUGGUAGCUGUAGUCACGGGCGCUGGCUCCGGCCUGGGUAAAGCCAUGGCUCAUGCAUUGGAUAUCAACGGUGCAGCCAAAGUGUUCAUCCUUGGCCGCCGCGAGUCCAAACUGAAGGAGGUGGCAGCGGAAGCGAAAAAUGGUUCCCUCAUUCCAGUUGUAUGCGACAUUACCUCAAAGGAUUCUCUGCAGGCUGCAGCAUCGAAAAUCCAGGCAACAACCCCCUUUCUGAAUCUUGUUGUCGCCAAUUCAGCCAUCGUGGGAGAAGUGACGAGUAUGGCCCCCAGACCAGCAGAGCAGGGCCUUGAUGAGCUUCGAAAGGAACUGUGGGAUAAGACUCCUUUCGAAGAUGCCAGUCAAGUCCUCAGUACUAACAUAGCCGGAUCGUACUUCACGUUCCUCGCCUUUGCAAGCUUGCUAGGAGCAGGGAAUACGCACCCUGAUAGCAUAGGAAAGAGUGGGCUGCUACAAAGUCAAUUCGUCAAUGUUACUAGUACUGUUGGUUUGAGCCGAGCCGAAUCCCCUAGCUUCAUCUACGUAGCUAGCAAGGCUGCUCUGAAUCACUUGAUGAAGACUCUUUCGUCGGAGUUCAGCAAGCACACUAUCCGGGCCAAUGCUAUUGCCCCUGGUUUGUUUUACACUGAAAUGACCGAGGGCUAUAUCCCAGAGAAUUUCGGAACCGUUGGCGCCUUACCGUGGCAAGACAUACCCGCAAGACGCACAGGAGGACAAGAGGAUAUAGCCGGAGCCGUGCUUUACCUGGCGUCGAGAGCAGGUUCUUUCCUGAACGGAUGCAUCUUGCUGGUUGAUGGCGGAAUGCUUUCCGUUCGCCCUGGCUCUUACUAGAUGCGCGGUUGACCUUUGGUUUUGAGAUCUUUUGAACUAUCGGCGGUGUUUUGUUAGUCUCGAUGGCUUUUCUGGUGGUGUAGUCCGCCAUUUCUCGAUUUUUGUGACGGAUCUUGUCUUGGCCUCUCUCUUACCUCACGCCCUCUUGAUCAUAUAUAUACCCUCAGAUCUUCAGUCACCACAUAUUACAAUAUCAUACUCUGUCACCGGUGGAUCAUUGAGUCUAUGUACGAACUACGUAUUUUAGAGUGCGGCAAUGGUGCAAUUGGUGGUAUAUUUUGCGUUUUCAAACGAUUAAGGGUGUGCUCUUCCCAGCGUCACCUCCCAAAUUCUAUUAUACAAAACCCCCUUUCAUGUCCCACCUCACUGUGAUUCACAGCGAAACCAGUGCGAUUCUUCUUCUCAGCGCCACCUUAUACCUCAACCGCGUGAUAAACCAUCGCUGUGUGUAGGAACACUUAAAGUCCAACUCAAAAUCAACACCUCAACCGCGGUAUCCUUGCUUAAUCCAUCUUUCUUCUCUGCACCAUCCACCCUGAACGCAUCGGCAAUUCCCUUCUUUGGAGUUUGCAAACUGAUGAGCCUGCGCAAAAGCGUAAGAUUGAUUAUUGACUUAGCGUUACAUAGUGCUAAGUAGUAAAUAUCUAACUCUUU